CGAAAACGAUCACGUGCUGCAACAGGUGGAGGAUCGGAUCGGAGCCGGAGGAGCGGGAAUUAAAUUCGCCUCUCGCUGCCGAGAAAUGUCAGCUCCAGAGAGCCUGUCGCCUGCAUUCAGCUGUACUCCUCCUCUCCUUGGAGUUAGAGGAGCAAAGAUGUACUUGCAGGUCAAAGUAGGAGGUGGUGCCUCAAGAAUUCCUGCAGUUACGCAGGUUCCUGAAAGCCAGGUGACUCCACCAGAGAAUCGGAUGGUGGGUUCCAGUAACCUCCGAGCCACGUUCACCAAGUCAUCACCACCUGAAACAAAAGAAGUGGAGUUAAAACAAGGCACUGGUGCAUUAGCAGAGCCUCUCAUCGCCUCGAGACCAGUAGGGAAGAGAGGAGCACCACGUGGUAUUGGUAGAGGGAGGGCUAAGAACCAUGGUCGUGGCAAGAGCACAGCAGCUGAAGGCAGACCUACCAAGACUGAGUCGAGCGUGGGAACCAGAAAAAAGGUGGCACGUGGAAAUCGAGGCGUGACGGUUGGUAGGAGAGAACUACAGAAAAUCCUCCAGUCAAGAAAGCGGCAGCUCUACUUGAGCCGUAAGUAUGGGGUGAUAUGGGGCAGGAAGGUGUUUGGACGAGUGUUGCCGAGUGCGGCCAGAAGACACCACACCCACCAGCUGAAGAGGCGGAGCAUCGGUGCCUGGAGCCAGGUGUGGUGGAGUGCCAGGAGGGAGUGGAAACUCAAUAUCAGAGCCGACUGCCACAAUAGGUAUAGACUGUGGAUGUUGGUGUGGAAAUACUGGACUGAGUUUGUGAGAGGUAGAAAGCAGAGGAGAGCCAUCAAGCAGUUAGCCAUCUGCCACAAUGAGAGAAGGGUGGUGAAGAGGGUGUGGGGUGGCUGGUCUGAGUACCUGAGAGGGAAGAGAGAGAGACUCGAGUCUCGAGAAACAGCCCAGCAGUGGCACCUCGCUGUAACACUCAGGAGAGGGUGGAUGAGAUGGAGAGAGAGUUUGGAGAGGAAAAAAGGGAGAGACAUCAUGUUGGCUGCCGCCCUCCAACACUGGGCCACCAGACUCCAGUCACAGGUUUGGGUGCACUGGGUGGAGCAGUGCAGAGAGAGGAAGACAGAGAGAGAGAAGACGACUGCAGCAGAGCGGCACUGGGCAGCGAGAAAGAAGGCAACUUGCUGGACUGCAUGGACCACAUACAUUGAGUACAGGGGGAGGAAAAGGCACAUGAACGAGGUGGCAGAGAAGCGGUACAGCAGGUGUGUUCUGAGGAGAGUGCUGACCACCUGGCAGGAGAGACAUGAGAGAGCCAGGGACCUGGCCCAGUUCCAGGAGCAGGUGGAGGAGAGGGGACGGAGGGCCGUCGCCAGGCGAGUCAUCUUUUACUGGAAACACUAUAUGGAGCUGGUUUUUUACAAGGAGCACCUGAUGCAAAUAGCCACGUUUCACUACCACACGGUUCUAAAGUCUAAGGCAGUGGCGUGUCUUAGAACAUACUCCCAGAGACAGCAGUUGCAGAGACGGCACAAGACUGCUGCCGAGAGAUUCCGUCGUCUGAAAGUGCUGGGGAAUGGGUGGCGACAGUGGCUGGAGAGAUGUGAGCACUGCGAGGAGAUAAAGAUGCUCCCUUUCACCAGGCGAGCCAGACAACACUUCAGGCUUUGCUCACUGAGACAGUUCUUCCCAACGUGGAAGAGAUUUGUGCUGCUCAGGCGACGCCGAAAGACCCAAAUAGCACUCGCCGACCAGCACUUCAAGUCUACUGCACUGCCAAAGUGUUUCGUUGUUCUGAGGGACUAUUGCGGGUGUCCGGAGCUACAAGAGAGAGCUUCUCUGCCAGGCUCAGAGUUUCAGACGGGAGAAUCUGCUCUCUAUGGCCUUCUACCAGUGGUGGAGGACCUUCCACGUCAGUCGGGAUCUGAUGCCAUGGAGAAAAUGGCCGUGUUGCACUGUGAGGAGGUGGUAAAGAGAGCAAGUCUCGGAAGAUGGAGAGUGCAGACUGACUCGAGGCUCCGGCAGCUAGGUCUUGAGCACUCAGCAGUGGUGCACCAUCGGAGGUGGCUUCUCUCGUCAGCUCUGAGGCAGUGGAGGGAUUGCAGACGACGUUGUGCAGUGUCGGUCCGGCAGUUUUCCACCGCUCAGAGACACCACGCUCACAAGUCAAUUAAACACGUUUGGAAUGCCUGGCAGGAGUAUGUGGGGAGACGAAGGGCGAAAAAGGCAAAAACUGCACGAGGCGCUGUCCACUACCACGGAACACUGCUCCAAAGAACGCUGAAGGGUGGCAGGUUCACCACUGCUGUGCGGUGAAGAAGAAGGAGAAGAGAAGCACAGCCGAGCUCUUCCACUCUCUCUCACUGGAGAGGAGUGUCCUGAGGCUGUGGAGAGAGAAUGUCCAGUGGUGCCAGUUUCAGCGUGAUCUGGAGGAAACGGCCCUCGCCCACUUUGAGAAGGCUAUUAUGCCAAGGUAAUAGUAUACCUCAUCACACAUUGUGAUAUCCAAAGAAAAGACAAGUGGAUCUCCAUGUUUUGUAUUACAUUACAAUGAGUGACUAAGAUGCACAAGAGAAUUUAUUCACUCUUACAAAAUGUGACCCACCAAAAUUUCUUGGUCCUUGUAGUGUUUCAACUGGUGGAGGGAGCAGACAGUUGUGAGUAUCGAGACUGCCCGCAGAGAGAGGGAGAGAGUCCGAGAGAUCACCUCAAUACUCUGUCAAAGGAAACUGGUGAGGGUGCUGACUAGCUGGAGGGAAUACAGCAACAGCAGUGUGGCGUGGAGGAUUGUGUGGGAGAGGGCAACUGUCCACUUUCAUCACCGCCUCCUCCACAGCUGCUUCACUGCCUGGCACAGCCACUACCGACUCUCCCUCCGGAAAAUGUUGCUCGGGAGGCAGUGUUCCCACUUUCUGAGAAAUCGUUUGGUGUCAACCUUCUAUGCAAAGUGGAGAGUGGAGUUGAUGAGGGCUGUGGUUAUGAAGCAGAAGUCAGUGCUGGCUCUCUGGCACUGGAGUCAAAGCCUCCAGAGGAAGGCUCUGGUGUGUUGGCUGAUGUAUGUGAUGAACCGCAAGAGAAAGGCAGAGCGGUAUGCUCAAGCCAUGAACAGAUACCGCAGUCGACUGCUGCACAUUGGAGUGACGCAAUGGAUCGAGUUUGCAACCAGCAUGCAAGCUCAGAGAGCGGAAUAUGCACUGCAGCACCAAACACAGGUCACUCAGAGUGUGAUGCAGUGCGUGAGACGGUGUGCUAGGAGGUGGAGAGAUGGGGUCAGAAAAGGGAGGAGCCAUGAUCCUCAGACGCAGCCUACCACCAUAAGAACAAGGCAGCAAACAGGCACCCGAGCAUCAGCUGCACAAGAUAUAUGGACCACCAUUGCAAGGAAGCACCAGAUACCAAGUGCCUCUGUACGCCAGCGACCGCAGCCCAGACAACCAGAAUACCUGGAGUCCCAGAGUAAACUAUCACCCCAGUUUCCUAACUCUGACCUCAUCCCCCGGAGUAACAUACCCCACCCCGUUACCCCACCUGUACCGUACGACCGACGACUGCCAGAGCAGAGAGUGGGAGGUCGCGACGGUAUUCUGACUGCACCCUCCUUCACCUUCCUCCCAUCAACAGUCAGUGUACUAUCAUCACCACCGUCAGAUCACUGGCAAGUCCAACACUCUGAUCCACAUACUGUGGGAGGACUCUGCCAGGGACCACUACCAGUCACUCGUGUUCCAGAGACUGAAUUCCAACAGUCAUUGUCCCCUCCUAGACCAGUACUCCUACCACCCUCAGCCUUCAGCAGUAAUAGACCCACGUCUGACACAGCCUCUGCUCACAGAGGACCACCCACUGCUGCACUUGCUGGCCAGAGAGUGACAACCAAAGGAGGGGAAGUAAGUGGUCUUGAUGAUCCAGCAGUGAGAUCAAGAAUAGUUCACGUGAGAGAUGAACUGCGGCGAUAUCACCAAAUGAGAGUUAAGAAGAGGACCCUGGAGCAGCAGGUGGCCGAUAGCAGCAGUCCACAAUUGGCUGAGCUUCAGGCUGAGUUCGGCAGAACAGUGGAAGAACUGCACAGAACUGAGCCAAUGUUACUGGAAUUGGUAGCCCAGGUUCAGCAUCACCUUUCACACAAUCCAACUUGAUAAAUUCGACAAAAUAAGAUCUAUUGCCACAGAAUCAAUAUUGCAUAGCCCGUGAUUCAAUUUGUGAAAAAAAUCUGAAGCAUAAUUUGUCGGAGUCCAUUAGAGCUACGGGAUGAAUAGUGAAGAUGAUCAUGUAUACAUAGAGAGUAACUAUAAAUGAGGACUUGUAACACGGCUGUGUCUCUCAGGGACAGUCGUUACAGUUGUAGGUCUGUUGGUAGGUAUUUCCAGUCAAUCUCCUUCCCUCCAUUCUUCUUGAUGUACUCGUUGGCCUUUGAGAAAUGCUUGCAGCCAAAGAAUCCUCGACUGGCAGACAGCGGGGACGGAUGCACCGUUUUUAGCACACAGUGCUGCUUCUGGUUGACGAAAGCUCCUUUCUUUUGAGCAUAGGCUCCCCACAGCAGAAACACGACUCCGGCGCAGUGGUUGUUGAUCCAGUGGAUGACAGCAUCUGUCAGUCUCUCCCAUCCCUUUUCUUUGUGUGAAUUUGGCUCCCUCUCUCUGACAGUCAGACAGGCAUUCAGCAGCAGGACCCCUUGCUUGGCCCAGCCAGCCAGGUAGCCGUGAUCGGGAGGGACAAACCCGUCGAUGUCUUGCAUCAAUUCCUUGUACAUGUUUCUCAAGCUGGGUGGUAUCUGCACCCCUACCCUCACACUAAAGCAUAGUCCAUGAGCUUGUUUAGGUCCAUGGUAUGGGUCCUGGCCUAUUAUGACCACCUUCACCUGA